AUGUGUGAGGGAGUGUAUCGCCCGCUGAUGGGAAUUGCAGUGUGGAAUGAGGAGCAGAUCGAGGUGCAGCGCCUCCUCUUGUAACUCAGUAAGAACUUCGAGGAGUGUCAUUCCCACAGAGGAGCAUGAGGGAAGCUUCAGAGCUCUUCGCAUUCCCACACAUAGCUGUUUCACAAGCCGCCAUUCUCGCGUCUUCCUCGAACUUUUUCCCACAGGAAUGAAGUGUCGGCUUGGAAGCUGAAGCGGCGUCGUUUGAAUAGCGGAUUACCUCACGCACGAGCUUGCGACACGAUGGAACUGCAUGGAAACAGCAGGCUUCAUGAUGGGUACCAGUAUCUAACCAGUAAUGAAUAUGAACGGAUUCAGGCAGCACGUAGUGAUGGAUCAGGAACUUUUGGAGUGAAGGUUCAGGUGCAAGGCAUUCAAGGCCGUCCUUAUGUGGUGCUAAAUGGACAAAACAAGUCUUCACAAAGUCCUCCUGUCUACCCUGAUGUCUUUUUCAUGAAUCAUCCCAGUCAAGAGUAUGUUUCAACCAUGAAUGGGCAAGGUUUAAGCAUCCAGCGGAAUUUGACUGAUUACAGGUCAGUGAGGCAAAUGCAGAUGCCUCCUCCAGAAAUUCAGAUGUCUACUAAUACUCCAUCAUCUCCUUUGCUAAACUACCAGAGAAAUCCUGCACUUCUCAGACCUUAUGAUCCCAGAAGCAACAAUCUGGAUUUCCAUGACUCUCCCAACCAUAUUAAGACUAAAUCUAACUCUGACUUAAAUCAGUUUAGUUCAAACACUUUACCUGUUUAUGCAUCCAAUAUAAUGGUGAAGAAAGCCAAAAUCCCAUUGCCUGGUUCAGGGAAAGGACAAACUGAAGAUAAUUUAGGUCCUGGAAAAUCAUCGGGAGAAAAUACACCUUGCCGGCAAUCGCACAUCGUCUGCAGGCUGUCUGUACCUUACUCCAACGAGGACAAUGGGCAUUCCUCAAAUAGGGUUGGUAGAGGUAGACAUAGAAACCAGGUGGAUCCCCAAGAGAGAAAACGAUCACAAAGUGCAGGUGCAUCUAGUUCUAGUCACUCUUCCAGGACAAGCCCAGUAUUUGCAGGAGGGUCAAGAAUGGGAGAAGAUCUGGGUCUACCAGCUUCAUCUAUAGGCUCUGUGUCUCGAAAUGACAGUCUUUUGAAGCUAAAAACAGGAGAGAAUAUGUAUCAAGCAGAUAUAAGGACUAUAACUGCAGCCCAGUUUGAAGGACAGAAAAAUGAAUGGAUGUCACCAAGAUUGGGAAGGGCUAAUAACAGAAUUGAUAGAGCAAACCCAACCAGAUGUCUUCAGCAAAAUGGUGGCUAUUCAAGCCAAGAAAGGGAGGCGCAGGAUACCCCUGAUAUUUUGAAUGGACAGCAGGAGCUUGUGGACCAGCCAUAUGAAGAUGUGACUAAACAAGCAUUGUUUAACUACCUCAAAGAAGGGAGUUGUGAGCGAGAUGAGAUCAUCAGGCAGAAGGUAACUCUACUGUUUGAGAAGAUCCAGAUGUUGAGGUCAUGUGCUGUCCAGAAUGUGGAGGAGCUGUCUGACUCGGAGGCUAAGGUGAAAGAGUUCCAGGAGAGAAAAGAAGCACUGGAGAGCCAAGUUGCUCUUCUAAAGCAACAGCUAGAAGAAGAAAUUAAGAUACGAGAGAGUCUGUCAGAGGCAAGUGGGAAGAGUUCUGGGGAACUGGAACUACUGCAGGAGAAGUUAAGUAGAAGUGAGCAGGAGCAAGUCUCACUCCGGCAGCGACUCACUGAUAUGGAGAAAGAGUUGCAAGUCUCAAUAGAAACAGUCCUUCAGAUCAAAAGGGAGCGAGAACGGAGUCGCGCAGAGGCAAAGAAUCUGCAGCAGCAGCUCUCAGAUAUGCAUGAUGUCCUUGACAACACUAAGAGCACAGAGGAGAAAGAGAGAGACACUAUCCUGCAGGACCUGGCAAAUUUGCGCAUGGAGUUCCAGGAGCUGCAGCAGGUGCAUGAGGAACAGGAGGAUGUGCUGUGCUGGAAGGAGAGGGAACUCAUAGCCAUAAAGGGUGCGCUUCAGGAAGAGAUUUCAGCCCACGCCAAAGAGGUGGAAACAUUGAAGGAGCAACACAAGGAGGCUGUUGAGAAGUUACUUAAGGCCAAAGAAGCGGCUGAGGAGAAUGUGGCAGCUUUGGCUCAGAAGAAAAAAAGUGUGGAGGCCGAGCAAAGGAAUACUCACGCCCAGAUGCAAGAGCUUAGUCUGGCUAAGGAGCAGCUUCUUGGUCAGGUUCGUAGUCUCGAAACCCAAAUCACCACCCUGAACAACAUCUUCCAGCAGUCAAAGAGCCAGGAGAAACAUCUCAUAGAACAGCUGGACAAGCUGAUGGAGGAGAAGAAAAGACUCGAUGAGGAGUUUUCUGAGGUGAGACAGCAAGAGGAGGACAUGUGUGGUGCUAAUAGAGCACUGACUCGACACCUCGAAGACACACAGUGUGAGCUGACGAAGUUGAACCAGGAACAUCGCCUGCUGAAGGAGAGACUGAAGGAGGAGGAAAGACAGAUGGAGGAGCUCCGAAAGAACAAACGGGACAUGGAGCAAGAGAGGAGAAAGCAGGACAGAGACUUUGAGAAACUACAAGAGGAGGUAAGAAUAGAUAUAAAGAACAUACUGGUGGGUUCAGAGAGAGAGACUCAGAAACUGCAGGAUCAGGUGGAUGAAGAAAGGGAACAGAGCUCAAAGGAGCUCAGUGCACUCCGUAUACAGCUCCACAACACGCAAACGGAGCUGGAGAAACACUCACACAUCUCACAGGAAUGUCAGAAAGAGCUGUCCGGUCUGGAGGCCGAGUUGGCUCAGUGUGAGGCAGAGUUGGAGAAGACUGAGCAAAAGUGUAAACAGCUGGAGAUGAGAGUGCAGGAGCUGCAAGAGAACUGCAACAAAACUGCACAUGAUGAUCGGGAUCGGCAAGUCAAAUUAAUGGAGGCACGAGUAGCUCAGCUCCAGGAUGCCCUGAAUGAGGAACGCAGCUGUGGUGACACACUGGUACAGAGAAUGGAGAAAGUCAAGGAGCAGGUAGAGCAGGUGCGAGCAGAAUUGCUGCAGGAGAGAGCAGUUAGACAGGAUCUGGAGUGUGACAAAAUCAGCUUGGAGAGACAGAGCAAGGACCUAAAGAGCCGACUGUCGCAUUUAGAAGUGUCUCAGAAGUCGAGUCAGGAAGGACUUGUCACCAAACUAGAGCUGCGAAUUCAAGAGCUGGAGAAUCGACUUCUGGAACGGGAGAGAGACAAUAACACUCUGGAGCAGGCAAACCGUAAACUGGAGAGAAAGAUGAAGGACAUAACUAUGCAGGUGAAUGAUGAGCAGCUCGCACUACAGAACCAGAUGGAUCAGUUAACUCUGAGAAUGAAGGUUUUGAAGAGGCAGCUGGAUGAGGCAGAGGAAGAGAUAGAAAGACUUGAGAACAGCAAAAAGAAGCUACAAAGGGAACUGGAUGACCAGCAGGAGAUCAACGAGCAACUUUAUAGCCAGAUCUCGGCCCUGAAAACGGAGCUCAGGCGCAAAACGAAACCGGUUAUGAAGAGUUUAAAUGAAGAGGAGGAGGAUGAACAAUGGAGUCUGAGCGCAAAGUGAAGACAAAAAUAAACUUGAAUAUGCUUCUGUUCAUUUUCAUUUCACAUUUAUUCUUUCAUUUUUGUGUGUGUGUGUGUGUGUGUGUGUGUGUGUGUGUGUGUGUGUGUGUGUGUGUGUGUGUUGCUGCGCUGCAAUUUUAAUGUUUUUUAAUGAUCUACUGCCCUCUUCUGGUAAUAUAAAGAUUAUUGCCUCUUCAUAUGAACUUGAAGGUGAAUUUGUUUCAAGUUUAGUUUAAUGGCAUGUAUUUCAUAAUAAGUUUUACUAAUUUUUGCUUGUCCAUACUUGUGGUCUAUUAGCUGUGACUAAAUACAACGAAUGUGUCUAAAUAAAAGCAGUUUUGCACAAAAGUGUCACUUUCAGGAAAAUAAAAACAGAAAGCUGUAUGUCAAA